AUGGCCGCGCAGCUGGGUACGUUCGAGGAGGAAAGGGACAAAGCCAAGGGAGGGCGUAAGAAGAAGCGGAGAGAUAGUUCGCCUUCAUCUGAGAGGAAGAGAAGGAAGAAAGGGGAAGGGGGUGAUCGAGGGGAUGAAGAAGGGAAUAAAGAGUCAAAGAGGAGGAAGCUUGGCAAUGACACCCAUCACAGCUGUCACCAUCACCACCAUCAUCAUCACCACCGACAUCAUCACCACCACCAUGGCAAGGACGAGCUGCUCCUGCGGCCUCCUCCGCCCCCAGCAAUGUCCCAGAAGGUGGCACCUAUUAGUCAAGCCUUGUUUACCUUGUCCCAGCUGGAAAGGCCGAGGGAGAAGAGCAAGAGGAAGCACAGGGUGAAGGAGGAGAAUGGAGGGAGCCCUCUGAGAACUAUCAAGAAGGAAAUUCCAGACGAGAACGGCAAAUCAAAGCAAGUGGAUGAGGAUAAUGCUUCUUUCAUCAAGAAGAAAAAGAAAAAAAAGAAACACAGAGAGGAUAUGAGAGGCAGACGCCUGAAGAUGUACAAUAAGGAGGUGCAAACUCUUUGUGCUGGCUUGACCCGCAUAAACCAGGAAGCCCUGGACCAAGAGGAUACUAGUGUAGAAAUGAGCAAGGAGUCGUGCAGGUACCUGCAGGAUGAGCAGCUAUGUCGGUCUGAUUUAGGUACCCAAGAGUACAGAGUUCCACAGGAAGUCCAGAUGCCUUUUGCAUCUCACCAGGAGCACUGCAUCCGUACCAGCACCUUAAACACGGGGUCAAAAUUCUGCAGGCUAAUGCACGAAGAGAUUCAGUCAAAUGGAGGAGCGCCCGUUUUACAUGCCUACAUGGACGAACUCUCCUUUUUGUCUCCCAUGGAGAUGGAGAGGUUUGCGGAGGAAUUCCUCACAAGGACCUUUAGCGAGAAUGAUAAGAAUGCAGCUUGUUAUGCCCUGGCUAUCGUGCAUGGGGCAGCAGCCUACCUACCAGACUUCCUGGACUACUUUGCUUUUAAUUUUCCCAACACCCCAGUCAAAAUGGAGAUCCUGGGCAAGAAAGAUAUUGAGACAACAACCAUUGCUAACUUCCAUACGCAGGUCAGCAGGACGUAUUGUUGUGGCACUUAUAGAGCUGGACCUAUGCGUCAGAUUAGCUUGGUGGGAGCUGUGGAUGAGGAGGUUGGGGACUUUUUUCCUGAAUUUUUGGACAUGCUGGAAGAAUCUCCAUUUUUGAAGAUGACCUUACCUUGGGGGACCAUGUCUACGCUGCGUCUCCAGUGCAGGUCACAAAGUGAUGAUGGUCCAAUCAUGUGGGUGAGACCAGGAGAACAAAUGAUUCCUACAGCAGACAUGCCAAAGUCUCCAUUCAAACGACGAAGAUCUAUGAAUGAAAUAAAAAAUUUGCAAUAUCUGCCUCGUACCAGCGAACCCAGAGAAUUGCUCUUUGAGGACCGGACUAGAGCACAUGCGGAUCAUGUUGGUCAAGGCUUUGACUGGGAGAGCACUGCUGCUGUUGGUGUGCUGAAAGCUGUUCAAUUUGGAGAAUGGAGUGACCAACCUCGCAUAACCAAAGAUGUGAUUUGCUUUCAUGCAGAAGACUUUACCCAUGUUGUACAGCGCCUGCAGUUGGAUCUCCAUGAGCCUCCAGUAUCACAGUGUGUUCAGUGGGUGGAUGAAGCCAAGCUCAACCAAAUGCGGCGAGAAGGGAUCCGAUAUGCACGCAUUCAGCUUUGUGACAAUGACAUCUAUUUCAUCCCUCGCAAUGUAAUUCACCAGUUCAAGACUGUAUCUGCUGUAUGCAGUUUGGCAUGGCACAUACGACUCAAGCAAUACGGUAGCAACAAAGGGGAAACACAGGCUACAGAGACAGACCACUUCACUGGCACCCCAUCUGUAGAACCAGCCACGGAUCCGCCAACAGUAAAAACUGAGCCAGAGGACACUCCACUUUCCACAACAGAUGGACCUUCCAUAACACCAUUUGUUCAGUCCCAGAGGCUGGAAAGCCAGUCACAGCAGACACAAACAAAUCCCCAUCAUGCAUCAGUGUGACUUGUAGAUCAUACAGAAGAUCUUUCAUUUUAUUUCCAUUUUUUUUAAUUAAAAACAAAACAAACAAAAAAAAACACAUUUUGUGAAGUUAUAGUUUUAUAACUGGCUGAAUUCUUAUUCAAAAUUGUCUAAUAUUUUAUUAGUCUAUCGAGGUCUCCCUUUGCCCAUGUGCAGCAAGAGUCACCAGCCACAUAAUGCUUUACAUAUACUGCUAGCUAGAAAGAAAAGUUAUUAGUGAAGGGCACUGUUUUGUUUUUGUUUUGGGGUUUUCUUUUGUUUUGUUUUUUUAAAACAUCCAUUUGUAUCAAUCUUAUACGAGUUCUUGUAGCUAAACUUAAAAAGCACUUUUAUUACACUGUCUUUUGUAAAAGUGUAACAUUGGCAUUGUUAAAAUCAAAUGAUGGGCUAUAUAGUCCAGUUCUUGCUACGACAAAAUGUACAAGAAGCCGAUUGGCAUAUCCAUAGUACAUUAACUACUAACUGAUAUGCCUUUGCGAAAUGAUUGCUUUUAUGUUUUUUUAAUACUGCAAUUACAGUAGGCAUCAAACAUUUACCACAAAGGUGUAAAUACUGUUGGCUAUUAUGCUUAUGACAAAUAUAUUUGGUGCAUUAUAUUGUAAAUGUCUAUAUGUAAAUAUGUGGCGUUUUGUUUCAAUUUUUGUUUUUUGACAAGCGGUUUGGAUUAUGCAUUUGUCAAAUCUUGUUUUCUUUUGUAUGAGACCUUACAAAUCCGUAAGGUAUUCAAGUGCACUUUCUCAGUACUAAUAUUUACAAAAGUACAAAAUAGCAUAAAAUAUCAUGCAUUGUAAGUAUUAAUCAACUGUAAUAAAAUUAUCAACUUGACCAUGAGUGCAUACAGAGAGAGGCUCAGGCAUACAUUGUUUGCAGCAAAUACUUUUAAAAAAAAUAUAUAUAUAUUAGGGAUAUUAUGUAUAAUUUUAACUUCCGUGUCUGUUUAAUAUAAGUUCUAAUAUUCUAUUUUAAUUUAUUAAUUGGAAACAUGGUUUCAUCAUAUUUUGGCUUAUUGGAGUUUGAGCCAUACUUCUGAUGCUUUACCCAACCAAUUUGUUUGACAUUUAACAUUUUUACUCUUUGUAUAGACAUUUUAAUUUAUAGCAUUCUUUUUGUUUGCUUUUUUAAAGCUAUUCCUGUUUGCCAAUAAAUAAACAUGACAAACCUUAAUUAAAAAAUAAAUAAAUAUAUAUA